AUGACGGCGGGCAUCCUGUUCGAGGAUAUUUUCGACGUGAAAGACAUUGACCCAGAAGGCAAGAAAUUUGACCGAGUAUCCCAACUGCAUUGUGAGAGUGAAUCUUUCAAGGUGGACCUCAUCUUAGAUAUAAACAUUCAGAUUUACCCUGUAGACUUAGGUGACAAGUUCCGGUUGGUUAUAGCUAGUACUUUGUAUGACGAUGAUACCUUGGAUGAUGGUGAAUACAACCCCACAGAUGGCAGACCUUCCAGGGCUGACCAGUUUGAGUAUGUAAUGUAUGGGAAAGUGUACAGGAUCGAAGGGGAUGAGAGCUCAACUGAAGCAGCCACAUGUCUCUCUGCGUGUGUGUCCUAUGGCGGCCUGCUCAUGAGGCCUCAGGGCGACGCCAACAACCUACAUGAAUUUGAGGUGGACUCCCGAGUCUAUCUGCUGAAGAAGAAGCUGGCGUUCUGAACUUCUGGGAAACCAGACUUGCUGCUUAGUCACUCACGUCAUGGACAUUGGUCAAGCCUGUGCACAAGCUGUUGGGGUUCACUUGUAAACGUGAUUGGGGGCUUUGUGCCCACUGUGGUACAUUUUCAGUUUGUCUGAAUUCAAUGGAAAACUGACUUGUCUGUAAAAGGCCAAGUGGGAGAGCUUAGCAUGAACCUGAAGUUGUAUGUUAUUUUUUUUUAGUUAAAGUUUACUUUUUAAAAAAAAACUCACUUAAUUAAAAACUGAGAAGACUUGUACAGUUCUUGGGGGAAAGUACUUAGUGUUUUAAAGUAGAUUGAUUAAGCUAGCAACUAUUAUCAAUACCAACUUGAAAUCUUUACUAGUCAAUAGAAGUGUUCCCAUCAAAUGUCAACCAAUUAUGUAACUACCAAGUUUGGAAAAUCCCUUGUCCUGCUGCAACAACCAUGAUAAAUAGGCAAGGCUUGUACUAGCCUGGGACCU